AUGAAGCGAAAAUCGAAAAUCGAAGGGAUGAUACGCAGGCGGACUACUUUGAACAAUUCGCAGCUGGAGAUACUACGGACAGCAUUCAAUAAGAAUAAUUAUGCUACAAUCGAAGUAGUCGCUCGACUCGUGGAUCAAACAGGUUUAACAACGUCUCAGAUAAGGGCGUGGUACGAAUACCAACGGCGAUUGAUGAAACGUAGGCAACUAGAGGUACAGUUGAUGUUUAACGGAAUGGACCAGGGAUUUCUCAGUCGAAAUGCACCGCCGUCAACGACUGUUUUUUCUGCAAGCAUGAAAAAUUCUGUUCAUGAUGUUUCUGAACUUACUCAGAACGUUGGACAACAAAUUGCAUCCUCUGUCAACGCAACGGAAGUAUCUGGUACUACUCCUGGAUACACCCAACGUGCAGCAGCAUCGCAUGAAAAUUCGUUCCGGAAUGGAACCACGUUACCUAGUAUUUCAUCGAUGUUUCCAGAAAUUUUUAACAAUCGCUAUGAUUAUACUCUCCCUGCCAAUGUACAUCCGAUCGAAUUACCGACCUACCGUUGA